AUGACUGAAGAACAAGGUAGCUAUACCGAGGCACAAGUAGCGGCGAUUGUCGCCUCUCAUAACUUGGAGGCCUGGGAAGUCUUCGUCAACUCGAUACUGAAGGAGCUGACUCCAAGCGAGGUCUCACGAGCAGUGAUUGCGUGUGCGCUGGAACACCUGCAUGAGGCAGCACGCGCCAACUUCACAUUUGCCGUCCAGGCCGGAAAGGCGUUACUGGCGGCUGCUGUGUAUCGUAGCGCGGUAUGGAGUACGGUGCUGUUUGAUGUUCGUGGCGCCGUAGCGGAGUGGUGCGUGCAGGCGGGUGAUGAAGAGCAGGCGCAGGAACUUUGGCGCCUCAUGCUUCCUGCAGAGGACGACAUGGUGUCGCUGAGGCUUUUGACGAGCAUUUUAAAUAGUGCCCUGCGCACCCGUAACUUUGCCGCGGCGGAGACGGAGUGUCUGCGAGGGCUGGCUUUAUACAAGGCCUUAGUGACGCGACAGGAAGCAAGUGAUGUGGUGAACGCAUUUUUGCAUGCCUUUGCCUCACUACUGGCGGCGAGGUAUCGGUUUGCGGAGGCGUCCCAGCGCUUUUAUGAAUUGUACAUGCGAACCAAAAUUCUGACGCACCUUCGUGCGGCCAUUGUGUGCGCCAUUCAGAGCGAUGCGGGUGCGACGCGCGCGCGGCUGCUAAGCACCUUCUACAAGGAUAAGAAUGCGGUGCUUUUUGGGGAGCUUUACGGCAUCCUUACCCGGGCACACCAUUCACACCUGUUGCGCCCUAGCGACCUUGGGCAGUUUCUUUCCUACGUGGAACCCUCCACCGACACCGCCGUCAUUGAACGUGCCUUUAUUCAGCACAACCUCCAGGCCAUUUCCCGGGUCUACUACAACAUUGGUUUUGCGGAACUUGGGGCCCUUAUUGGCACCACAGCCCGUGAGGCAGAGCGACUUGUGGCGCGAAUGGUGUCGGAACGACGACUAGAUGCAACACUCGACCAGACAACAGAGACGGUUGUUUUCUGUCGGUACGACAAUGCCUCUGCGUUGGAGGCGUGGGACGCGCGAAUUGCCUCCGUGUGUGAAGAAUUGUCGCAUGCAACCGACCUCAUUGUCAGUCAUCAUAACGAGUUUAGCGAACAUCUCUUGCUUAACUGA